CUUUUGUACUCUCUCACUGUUUUCUAUCAGUGGGCCUCAUUUACUAUCUUCUUCUUCACUUAUCUUCCUUAUGCCUAAUCUGAUCAUUAUCUUAUUUCCCUGUCUUUUUCCAACCCCUUUGAAUUUAUAAAUCUUUUUGGCCAUGAUUAUGUAUGUUGUGUGAAAUCUUGUGGUAGCUUUGUGGAUUGAUGGGUGAAUCUAUUGUGGAAACUCCUGCUGUCAAGCACAAGAUGGGUGACUCGGUUGUGUCUCGUCCUACGCUUGAAGUGUCAGUUUCUUUUGGAAGGUUUGACAAUGAUGCACUUGCUUGGGAGAAAUGGUCAUCUUUCUCCCCUAAUAAGUAUCUGGAAGAAGUUGAAAAGUGUUCAACACCUGGAUCAGUAGCUCAGAAGAAGGCCUAUUUCGAAGCACACUACAAGAAGAUUGCUGCUAAGAAGCUGGAACAAUUAGAGGAAGAAACACACGAAGUAGAACAGAAAGUGGAAGAAGUAGCUGAGCCCAAAUCUCGAGAUGAGACUGAAAACAUUCAGGUAGAUAGUGAUGCAGUUGAUGACCCAAACGAGGAUAUUGCUGUUGAUGUGGAGUGUGAUAACUUAUUGGUUACCGAAGCUAAGGAACUAACUAUAUCGGGAAUUGAUGAGUCAAAGGAGGAUAUUUCUGUUGAUAUAGAGUGUGUUAGUUCAUUGGUUAAUGAAGCUAAGGAAGGAACUACUUCGGGAAUUGAUGAUUCAAAGGAGGAUUCUGUUGAUAUAGAGUGUGUUAGUAAUUCAUUGGUUACUGAAGCUAAGGAAGGAACUAUAGCGGGAAUCGAUGAGUCAAAGGAGGAUAUUUCUGUUGAUGUGGAGUGUGACAACUUGUCGGUUAGUAAACUUAAGGAAGAAACUAUUCUGGGAACAUGCGAUCUUGCAAAACUUCAUAAGGUUGAAGACCUGAAUCCUGAAAAAGGAUGUCAAGAUAGUGUAGUAGAGACUCCACCAGCGGAUACCGAAGUACAAAAAUCCUCUAUUAAGAAAAGCAAGACCUCUAAUGCAAAUGUAAAAAAUAUGCCUCGAAAGGUACACCCCGCAGAACAUCGGGUAUCCGCUGGAACAAAGAAGAAACUGACAUCACCUGUGGCAAAAUCCUCAAGAAUUUCCACUCCGACAUCUAAGCAAGUGUCAACUUCUAAGGUCAUUAUUCCAUCUCAACCAUCAGCAAAGAAGGUGAACGGGGUGUCAACUCAAAGAAGUAAUAAUACUCCUUUGGCACAACGCAAGAAAGUAGUUCCUGGAUCACUUGUGUCGCCUUUUCAAUCCUCGAACGAAAAGUUGAACGGUGCAACACCUUCUCAAUGCUCGAACAAAAAGUUGUAUGGUGUAACGCCUUCUCAAUCCUCGAACAAAAAGUUGAACGGUGCAACGCCUUCUCAAUCCUCAAACAAAAAGUUGAACGGUGCAACGCCUUCUCAAUCCUCAAACAAAAAGUUGAACGGUGCAACGCCUUCUCAAUCCUCAAACAAAAAGUUGAACGGUGCAAUACCUUCUCAAUCCUCAAACAAGAAGUUGAACGGUGCAACAUUGCGGAGGAGCAUAAAUUCUCCAGUGCUAGAGAACAAGAGAGUAGCUCCUAAAUCAUUACACAUGUCUCUUAGUUUGAGUUCCCAAAAUUCUACUGCUUCGACUAAUACAAUGACAGCUUCAACUAAUACAAUGAGAAAAUCUGUGUUCAUGGAGAAGAUGGGGGACAAGGAUAUUGUUAAACGAGCAUUUAGGGCAUUUCAGAACAGUUUUAGCCAAGGAAGAUCUGCUGGAGAUAUGACAUGUGGUGGACAAGACCAGGUGUUGUCAAAGGGAUCCGAGCAAAAGCUUUCAACUUCUCUGGCUCAGAAGGAGAGUGAGAGGGCACCUAAAGAUGCUGGCGUGGAGAAGAAAAAAAUGAAUUCUAUCAGAGCUUCUACUGGCUCGAGAAUUGAUAGAUCAGCUGAUAAAUGGAAGGAGGAGGUUACCAAAGCGAAAAUCAAGCGAUCUGGUUCAAAUAGGUGAAAUCUGAAAGUAGACAUCUCCAAUCGGGUGAAAACAUGAACUUCAGCAUCAGCAUGGUGGUAUUUUGUUGAGGAAAUGCACCAGUGAAUCAGUCGUGCACGCAAGAUUUUGAAACUGCUUUUUGAAGAGCUUACUUCUUAGGCAAGAAGAGCAAGUCAUGACUUGAAACUGAUAGCUCAGCCCCUUAUUCUCUUGUCAAUCUGGUCUAUUAACACUAAGCUGGACUCCUGAAACUAUCCUGUUGUUCUCUUUGACCAUUAAAUUCCUGUCUAGUCAAGUCAUUUAGGUUUUUCUCUCUUAUAUUAUAUAGCAUUAGAUCUUGUCUCCCUUGUGUGUAAAAAUAUAUAAGCAGAAAGUGAUCUCCAUGGUUGUAGGUUCUAUUCUAGUAAUCAAAAGUUAUUGUAUGAUAGGGUGAAAUAUGAUUCAUAUCCAACGUUAAUUUUAUUUUAUAUGUUAUCAAAGUAGUGUAUACAUUUGGACUCGA